CAUCAGACGAAGCAGUUCGCCUCUGCUGAAGUGGGCGUGGUCACGCUUCAUAAUGGACAAGGCGCGCUGGCGACCUCGUGGCUCGAUCCAGACAUUCUUGUAAUUCGGUGUGUGCUGCUCUGUGACGACACCUGUGAGCUCAUCCUCCAACGUAACCCGGUUCCAUCGGGAACCGUCGCCUCGGCUCUGUUCUACCUCAGCUGUUCUUGCCGUCACAGUAAUUAUGGCGACAUGCUUCUGUUAGCGCUUCUACAACUCUCCUCUGCUGGUCAAAUACCAGUUCCGCCGAUAUUUACACCAUGCACGUUUCCGUCACCGGUAUACGAUACCCAUGAGCAUCGUUUAACUUGUACAACGAUAUCGCGGCUCCCGUUCAUCUGUGAUCUUCAUCAUCAGCUUUCGCAUGCAAAUCUGGCUGGUAUAGAAACAGCCUACAAAAGGCCAGUAGAUUCAUUAUAUAAACCUUAUUUUUAUCAAAAUAAUCGAUCAACCUUAGCAGUCCUGAUAGUGCGCCAGCUGGAGGCACCGACAUCGGCUGCCUCGGUCUACGAAGAGCCAUCGUAUUCGUGCCUUUUCGAAAACGAAUGUAAUCCAGUGGACGCGGAAGUCGUGCUUGGAUUUGUGAAUAAUGUCAAAAUAUUCAUUAAGGUGCGUAGUUGGGCACGAAGGUAA